AUGAGUUGCGGUCACUCUAUGGUCAGUGGUGGUGUCUAUGGGUGGGCCCCAACACCCGAUAUUGUACACACGAGUGGUUCGUUUGCUUUUGACAAUUCAGUGAUGAUUAGAGACAAUGUCUUCAGACAAUCGGUUAAUCCCUUUUUGUCAAUUCGUUGUCAAAACUUGUCGUUUCCAUUGAAUCCAUUGGUCUUCCUCUUCAUAUGCCAGGCGUGUUGUCCACCCUUACGGCACACGUGGUUUUUGGUCGGGCGCUACCGCUUUGCCCUUCAUUUCAUCCCUUUUCAAACUCCUGAGCCGACGACCGGCCAUAUUGUGAAGAGCAGUGAUGUGUUCAGUGGUAAAUUGAUGAGCAUUUCUGCCGCCAUUCAAACGCAUGCCAUUGUCUUCGGUGGCCAUCGACUCGACUUUGAUAUGUUACCUGACAAUAAUAUUGAUACCAUGGGUAUUACCGAAGAGACUGUACUCGUAUGGAUGCCAUCACUUAUAUUAUUUGUCACAUCACUGUAUGAAUGGCACAAUCGGUCGCCAGAAGUGAUCACAUCCAGGGGUUCAUCACAUCCCACGACAUGGACUCUACUCUCCAUCACUAAAAUUCCAAAGUGUCCUAAAAUCGGUGCUUCAUUCAUAUCUCGGCUAACAUUUUCAUGGUUUACACCAAUGAUUAUGAAUGGCUAUUGGAAACCAUUGACCACUGAAGACAUGUGGUCGCUCUCCACACAGAAUCAGACCAAACACUGUGUCCAACAAUUUAACAAAUACUGUACACCUGUUACGGACCCGAAAGACCAAAAUCGAUCGUUAAAUAUAUUUCCGGCAAUUUUACGCACAUUUUGGCCGACAUUACUGUACAACGCGUGCCUCAAACUGGCGGCGAGUCUACUUGCCUUCACUCAACCCCUAAUACUCGGGCGACUCAUCGCAUUCAUGACACCCGUGUCAGCUACCGGUGCAGUCACCGCCGCUCCCGAAUGGUUGGGCUAUACGUACGCCCUAUUGAUGUUUGUGUCGCCGACUGUGGCGUCAAUACUGGACGGCCACUACGAGUACGGCAAAAGUGUGGUUAUUAUGCGGAUCAAGUCAUGCGUUUUGGCCAAACUAUACGAAAAGUCCCUACGGCUGUCCAGCGCCGGGCGUAAAGAGUUCACCGCCGGCGAUGUCGUCAACCUAUUAUCGCGAGACAUGUCUUACUUGUCGUGUGUAUUCGUCUUCGGCAACAAUCUAUGGCUGAGUCCCUUACAGAUGGGGCUCUGUAUCUACUUAUUAUGGGCACAGUUGGGUGCGGCGGCCACACUGGCCAGCGUGGGCUUUAUGAUACUGUACACACCGGUGUCGUCACUACUGGUGGCCCGCGAACAGCGCUUCUGGGAUCGGCUGUUUCGAGGAAAGGGUGGCCGCGUGUCUGUCAUCACCGAAAUGUUGAACCAUAUGAAAGUGUUGAAACUGUACGGCUGGUGCGGCGCCUUCAGGGACCGUGUGGUUGGACUCCGGGACAAGGAAAUAGCCAUUUUAAGGGCUCUAGUUAGUUUAUGCAGUUUUACCGUAUUUACGCUGAUAUCUGAGCAGAAUAUUCUGGACCCCAAUAAAGCAGGGUCCGAUAACUAUGAUUCCACCAUUAAUUACUUCAUUUACGAUGUAUCUAAAUGCAGACUAUCUGUGAAGCGAAUGAAUGCCUAUUUAAACGCUAAUGAAGUGAAUGAGAGUUUCGUUGACCACAAACACAAUCAAAGGACUCCUAUUGUCGUCACAAACGGUUCAUUCAAAUGGGAUAACAAUUGCAACGAUUCUGUGCUCAAGAAUAUCAACAUUACUAUUGAUAGUAAAUCAUUGGUGGCAGUUGUGGGUCGUGUGGGCGCCGGCAAGUCGUCCCUAUUAUCGGCUUUAUUGGGAGAUAUGGAGAAAAGUGAGGGCUCUGUGAAUGUGAGCGGACGGACAGCUUAUUGUCCACAACAGGCGUGGAUUCAAAACACAACUCUUCGACAGAAUAUUCUGUUUAAUAGUGAAUAUAAUCCGGAAUUCUAUAACAAAGUUCUGGAUUCGUGUGCUUUGAGACCCGAUUUAGCAGUUCUUUCGGCCGAAGAUAUGACAGAAAUCGGCGUAAAAGGGAUUAAUUUGUCCGGCGGUCAGAAACAGAGGGUUUCACUCGCGAGGGCUGUCUAUUCCUCGGCAGACAUAUAUCUAUUGGACGAUCCGUUGAGUGCUGUCGACCCACACGUCGGACGACAUCUAUUUGACCAAACAAUUGGUCCGAAAGGACUUCUUCGCCACAAAACACGUGUUUUAGUGACAAAUAAGGCGUCAGUUUUGCCAGAAGUGGACAAAAUAAUUGUCUUAAAAGAGGGAUCCGUUUGUGAUUUCGGAUCAUUUGAUGAACUGAUGGCCAAAAGUGGAGAAUUCGCUGAAUUUGUUGCCGAAUAUGUCGUUAAACAGGAAUCCGAAGACAUCGAUGAGAAAGAGAUGCAAAUUCUGGCAAAACUAAAACAAACAGUGAAACCAUUGAUUGAAAAACAAUUAUCCGUCAGAUCUAAUGACAGCGAAGACAGUGAUGUUAAGCCGAAGAAUCUGUCAAAGGGUGUGUCCACGAGUGACACAAAUAAAAGCACAAAACCUAUUGAUUACACUGAAGAGGAAGUGUCCGAUAAAAGUAAAGGCAAACUCAUAGACAAAGAAGUGUCGGCCAAAGGAGGCAUCAAAAUGAGUGUCUAUAAGAAAUACGUGCAAAUGAUUGGUCCAAUUAGUUUGCCCUCGCGCCGCAGCCCAGAUACCGACUCGCUCACCAGUUUGCUGCGCGAGCUGAGCUCAUAUGGAUUGCUGUGCCGAGAUGCCCUAGCCGCCGACACCCAGAUGCGCCGGUUCGGUGGGGCCGAAGUGGUGGCCCUCGUUAUCGCCUACAUUUGGCUACGGCUGCGGUGUGUGAGAGCCGGUCAAGUGCUGCACAACCAGAUGAUAGCGCGUGUGGUUCGGGCGCCCAUGUCUUACUUCGACACGACACCAAUGGGACGGAUACUCAACCGAUUCUCGCAAGAAAUGGAUGCCAUUGACGACGAUAUUGUCUUUAUGUUGGGCAGAAUAUUACGCAACUUCUUUGCAAUGAUAGCAGCACUGGCCGUCAUAUCAUAUGAGACACCAUUAGUACUGCUGGCCAUCGGACCCAUUAUUAUAGUGUAUAUCAUAUGCCAACGUAUUUACAUCUCGAGCUCCCGACAAAUCAAACGCAUUGAAUCCGAGACCCGAUCGCCGAUUAUAAGUCAUUUGAGUGAAUCAUUCAACGGAACGGCAAGUAUUAGGGCGUUCGGCGCCGACCACUGGUUUGUCCGGCAGUCGUACCGACGGAUAGACGCUAACAAUCAAUGUUAUUAUUUGAGUUCUUGUGCUGAGAGGUGGCUAUCGAUGAGACUCGUCAAGAACCCAACCGGUAACGCCGGCAUCAGAAGUCCCUGGUCUAUAGCGGGCCAAACCGGCUGUCUCGAAUUAACACAAAUUCCUGAAGAAGCCGAGUGGUAUAACGAGAAGACUAAACCCGCGGACAACUGGCCGACAAUGGGUUGCAUUUCAUUCACAGACUAUUGCACUAAAUAUAGAGAAGGUUUGGAUUUAGUGCUCAAAGAUAUAGCAAUUGAUAUGAAAGGCCGACAAAGGGUUGCGAUCUUCUUGGGUUCAUUGAUAGUGUUUGUGUCGGCCAUUGCGGCCGUAGUCUUCAGGGACCAGAUAUCGCCCGGUUUGGCCGCACUCGCCAUCAAUUACUCGUUGGAUAUAACUAUGAUUUUAGGAACUUUCAUAAAUUCUGUUAAUUACAUCGAAACUUCUAUGAUAUCUAUUGAAAAGUGUAUGGAAUUAACACAAAUUCCUGAAGAAGCCGAGUGGUAUAAUGAGAAGACUAAACCCGCGGCCGAUUGGCCGACAAUGGGUUGCAUUCAGUUCACAGACUAUUGCACUAAAUAUAGAUUUGGUUUGGAUUUAGUGCUCAAAGAUAUAGCAAUUGAUAUGAAAGGCAGACAAAGGGUUGCGAUCGUCGGCCGCACCGGCGCUGGAAAGUCGUCCCUCGCGUUGGCUCUCUUCAGACUCAUUGAGCCGACGGCCGGAACCGUUACCAUCGAUGGCGUCGACUGCUCUACCAUUGUCGACGCCAUCGAUGGUAACGGUUCCGGCCGUCGGCUCAAUGAGUCUGAAGAGAGCCAACGCGAGGGACGACUUUCCAGCGCCGGUGCGGCCGACGAUCGCAACCCUUUGUCGGCCUUUCAUAUCAAUUGCUAUAUCUUUGAGCACUAA